UCCGGAGACACGCGUAAAUACUCCGUUGGUCAUCGCGGGGAGAGAUAAAGCCAGUUGUUUUGAACCGAACGUGAACGAGGGACGACGACUCGCGGACUUUUUUCCGUAUACCCAUCUUCGAAUUCGCCGUCUCUCUUGAGAUCGAUUUGCGGUAUCUCCUCGAGCCUCUUGCAUAGAAGGAAGAUUCUUGCUUGGCGUUCGAUCUUCUGCCGGGAGCAGUCAUGCCGUCUCAAGAGUACAUGGAUAAGCUGCAGGUCCGGCAGAAUUACCGGAACCUGUGGCACACUGAUCUGAUGCACACCAUUCAAGCUGAUACUGGAUAUUGCUGCUUUGCCUUGUGGUGUGGACCAUGUGCUUCAUACUUGCUCCGUAAAAGAGCCCUUUAUAAUGACAUGUCAAGGUAUGUCUGUUGUGCAGGUUACACGCCAUGUAGUGGUAGGUGUGGAGAGAGUCGAUGCCCUGAAUUCUGUCUUUGCACUGAGGUUUUGCUCUGCUUCACAAAUUCAGUGGCCUCCACUCGCUUUUUGUUGCAAGAUGAGUUUAACAUACAGACUACACAAUGUGAUAACUGUAUCAUUGGCUUUAUGCUCUGCCUCCAACAACUUGCCUGCAUAUUCUCAAUAGUUGCUAUGAUAGUUGGGAGUGAAGAAAUUUCAGAGGCUUCUCAAUUGCUUAACUUCUUGUCUGAUUUGGUUUAUUGCUCGGUUUGUGCUUGCAUGCAGACACAACACAAGGUUGAGAUGGACAAACGAGAUGGCAUGUUUGGGGACCGACCCAUGGCCAUGCCUCCUGUUCAGCAGAUGUCCCGUAUCGAUCAGCCUAUUCCUCCCUCAGCUGGUUAUGCUUAUCCAGCUCCGCCACCACCGCAGGCUUACGGCUAUCCGCCUCCACAUCAGGGCUAUCCUGCUCCUAAUUAUCCUCCUGCAGCUUAUCCUCCCCCCGCUUAUCCUCCGUCUGGGUAUCCGCCUACUGGCUAUCCUAAGUGAUCCAUUUCUCUGCCUCACCCAUUGAUAUACAGUUUCACCGAUGUUCUCAUAUCGCUUGAGAUGCGUGCACUACAGUUGAGUAGAUAAGUGUAGACUUGGUGCGGAUAUAUUUUUUCAGCGUUGCUUUCUUGUGGCCUCUGAGUGAAGCAGUAUAUGCACAGGAUUGCGUGGGUUUUGCUAUUUCAUCUUGUUCAGACUUGUAUAAUCUGAAUGCCUUUUCUUCUUGUCUAUCUAUGAACCAGAACAUGGGCAUUAAAAGGACCCUUCUACUAUAUUUAUGCAUAUGAUUUGUUAUUUGGUCACUCGCAAA